CGUGCUUGCUCCCAGAUUUGCGUCUCCAGCUUAGACCUUGGUUCUGAGUUACUUUUAUUCUGUCCACGGACUGUAGCCCCGCAUGGAUAGAUAGCUCAUGUAUUUCCAUCUCAGCGAGUUCAGAACUGACGGAUUUCCACCUCACCUCACCCCACCCCUGCUCUUCCUCCAGCGACCCCACCUCAGUUACUUGUGCCACCGUCCACCCUGCCCUGCACCCAAAAGCCUGGACGUCAUCCUUGGCAUCUCCCUUUUCUCAGCUCCCGAACCUCUGAUCCGUAAUCAGGCUCUGGAGCCCACGUCUGUGGCUGUCAAUUCUCACCCUGGACUCUUGCCAUCCUUGUCCUUGUCACCAUCCUCUAACCACCCGCCUGGUCUCUGACCUGGCCGUCUACGCAGGCCUUCCCCAACCCGGUUCCACAGCCCUACCCCCCACCCCCACCUUUCCUUUGGAAUUGCUCAUACUCAUGCCUGCCCCUCCUUCAGAUCUCAGCUUCAAUAAUAUUUCUUCAGAAGUGCAGGGAGAGUCUGCAGCGGUUCUCAACCUGUGGGUCGAGACCCCUUUGGGGGUCGAACGACCCUUUCACAGGGGUCGCCUAAGACCAUCGGAAAACACACAUAUCAUUACAUAUUGUUUUUGUGAUGAAUCACUAUGCUUUCAUUAUGUUCAGUUUGUAACAAAGAAAUUGGGGGUCACCACAACAUGAGGAACUAACUGUAUUAAAGGGUCGAGGCAUUAGGAAGGCUGAGAGCCACUGGUAGUGCUUUCACAUGUGACCUUUUAUGGAACCUUCACAGCCAUCCUAUGAAGUUGUAGAUUUUUCCCAUUUUACAGAAGAGUACAGAAGACUUGAGUCGUUAGUUAAAUUGUGCAAAAUCAUACAGUGGUUUCAGAGACUAUGGAUAUACUCUUCAGAAUCCGAGGAGGCCUUGAUCUAGCUUUUCAGCUAGCUACUGCUAAUGACAUUUUUAUCCAGAAGGCACUAAAACAUGUGUUGAGUGACCUGUCCGCCAAGCUGUCUUCAAAUGCACUGGUGUUCAGAAUCCGCCACAGCUCAGUGUAUGUGUGGCCUAACAGUGACAUGAACACCAUCCCAGGAGAGCUGACAGAUAGCUCUGCUUGUAAGACCUUACUGCGCUUCAUCCAAUUUGAACAGGAAGAAGAUACAAAACGAAAAUUCAUGAGGAAGAAAGACAAAAAGUUAUCAGAUGUGCAUCAAGUAGUAAACAUAGAUCUCAUGCUGGAAAUGUCAACCUCUCAGACCGCCGUAACGCCUGUCAUUGAAAGAGAAAUCGGAGAACACCACUAUGUGACCAUGACGUUGCCGGUUGAUGCAGUUUUACCUGUUGCCCCCAAAGAAGCCUGGGGAGAAGUUCGUAAACUUCUAGUGGAUGCAAUUCAUAAUCAGCUAACUGAUAUGGAAAAGUGCAUUUUGAAAUAUAUGAAAGGAACAUCCAUUGUGGUCCCUGAACCACUGCACUUUUUAUUGCCGGGUAGAAAAAAUCUUGUAACAAUUUCAUAUCCAUCGGGAAUUCCAGAUGGGCAGCUGCAGGCCUACAGAGAGGAGUUACACGAUCUCUUCAGUCUGCCUCAUGACAGACCUUACUUCAAAAGGUCUAAUGCUUAUCACUUUCCAGAUGAACCAUAUCAAGAUGGUUACAUUAGAAAUCCACACGCUUACCUCAGUCCACCCAACAUGGAGACUGGCAUGGUUUACGUGGUCCAGGGCCUGUACGGUUAUCAUCAUUACAUGCAGGAUCGGAUGGAUGACAACGGCUGGGGCUGUGCCUAUCGAUCGCUGCAGACCAUCUGCUCUUGGUUCAAACACCAGGGAUACACAGAGAGGUCCAUCCCAACACACAGAGAAAUCCAGCAGGCUCUAGUUGAUGCCGGGGACAAACCAGCAACAUUUGUGGGAUCACGGCAGUGGAUUGGGUCUAUCGAGGUACAGCUGGUCCUGAACCAACUGAUUGGCGUAACUUCAAAAAUACUGUUUGUCAGCCAGGGUUCGGAAAUGGCCUCUCAGGGACGGGCACUGGCCAAUCACUUCCAGAGCGAAGGAACUCCGGUGAUGAUCGGGGGAGGAGUUUUGGCCCACACAAUACUGGGAGUUGCAUGGAAUGAGAUUACAGGGCAGAUAAAAUUUCUGAUUUUAGAUCCACAUUAUACAGGCGCUGAAGAUCUGCAGGUUAUUUUGGAAAAGGGCUGGUGUGGAUGGAAAGGUCCAGACUUCUGGAAUAAGGAUGCGUACUAUAACUUAUGUCUUCCUCAGCGACCAAGCAUUAUUUAAAACGAGGCCCGGUGCGUGAAAUUCGUGCACUCAGGGACGGGUCCCCUCAGCCCGGCCUGUGCCCUCUUGCAGUCUGGGAGCCCCAUGAUUGAUUGCCCCAAAGAGGUAGACCCCGCACAACCAGCGGGGCUCCAAGGUGGAUCGCCCCCGCAGAGGGAGGCCCCGCCCACCCACUGCAGCCCACUGGUCGGUGGCCUGGUGCUCCUUCUGUGGGUGACCAGUCACAUUGCACCUGCCUUAGCUGGCCUGGCGCCAGUGGGUGUCAUAGUGUGGUCGUCUGGAUGGUCGUUCUGCUGUUCAGCCAUUUGGUUGAUUUGCAUAUUACACUUUUAUUAUUAUAGAUAUCUUGGACUCAAAGACUGUAGUAAAGUUUAUUAUAAAUUUGUUAAUAAAAAAUAAGUUUAAUUUUCAAAUAAA